CCAGUUACCUGAUUGGAUAUCCAUCUACUUUGCCAAAACAAUGGAGAAUGAACAACGGUGCAACAUCUGUGAGUUUACUAUAGCUACGACAGACAAGUCCAUGGAACUGCUUGAUCACAUUAAAGAGCAACACAAAGAAGUAUAUGAACUGCAUAGACUAAAUCCUGAAGCAAAUGUAGGGUUCCGCAUAGAAUUCUUACACCUCAAUGUUCUUAAAGACGAUGGUGAUCCAAAAACUCAACCUGUAAUUCUAGAAGAAGUCUGUGAAGCCACUACUGAAGAAAUAGUUGAGCCAGUUGAAGAAAAAGAGCAGGAAACAGAACUUGAACAGCAGAUUGUUCUAGUACCUAAACCUAAGAAGAUAAAACAGAUGAGUGAGAGAAGUGACAACCGUAAAAGAAGCUGGGUAUGGAAGUAUUUCAACAGACUCAGCAGUAUAUUUUUCCGUUGCAAUUUAUGUAACGUUGUUCUAUCUAUUAAGGGAUGUAACACUAACAACAUGAAUAGACAUAUUAGAACUCGUCACCCUGGUAUAUUCAAAUCUGAAACAAUUAGGAAGAGACGGGAUUCCUAUGUAGAUGCAGACUCAUUGGAAUUUGCAGAAGUUGACACUCCAAUGGCUAUUAAAACAGAAGAGAUUUCUGCAAGUGACAAGGAUUUUGAUGACUCUUUUGUGUCGCCGUCUUCACGCAAUCGCCGCAGCUGGAUCUGGCUGUACUUCAACCGCAUUUCGGCGACAUGCGCUCAGUGCAAAUUAUGCAAUAGGAACAUUUGUCAUGGCGGCAAUGCCACGGGCAACAUGAACAGGCAUCUUAAGAUGAUACACCAAAAAACCGGAGAUGAUCACACCUGGGUCUGGAAAGUCUUCGAGAGCAGCGAUGAUUUCUACUGCUGCAAGAUCUGCCAGUACCAAUGCAUGAAGUUCAGUGACCUUGACAAAAGUAUUUCAUGCAUACUACAACACUUGAAGAUGGAACAUGGAGUUGUGUCUGGAGACCAGAUAAUAACGGGCAGUGAGGAAAUGGAUGACGAAGUACCGAAUGAGUAACUAGCUCUGUCACAGUGUUACCCAUUGGUUGCCAAGUUUAAUUUGGACCUUGCAAUGCUAGUAGCGUUUUAAGGUCCAAAACGGCAACCUCACAUUGGUGAUAACAAAGGUAAUAUAAAAUGAUUUUCAAUUGACGACUUUAUUUACACCAAAUAAAGUCUCAACGAGUAUGUAUAAGUUUUCUCAUGGACACUGAUUGUUUUUAAUUUUCAUUUAUUUACCACGAUUUGCAUUAAUUAAGUUUAUAUUUACUUUAGUAAUAAUAAAAUUA